AUGGAUGAAAUUAUCAGAACUAAUAGAGAAUUGCGCAAACAGUUGGCUGAGGAUGAUGAGAUCAUAUCUAAAUAUGAAACUAGAAUUAAAUCAUUAGUGCGGGAUCUUGAAAAUAGCAACUUAGAUAUUCAUUAUCUGGAUAAAUCCCUAAUACAGCGUGAAGCAGAAAUUGAAACUUUGAAAGAGGAUAAUAAAAAUCUAUCAAUCCAACUUCGGAAGGCUUUACAGGAUAUAGAUUCUAAAGAAAAUUUUAUUGUUUUUAGAGAAGAUCAAUUUAUAGCAUUAGAAGAUAAAAUUUCAACAUUUAAUAAGAAGCCAAAAAUGUCUUCUACACGCCAAAUACAGCCACCUAAUCCAAAUGAAAUUGAUGUAAGUACUGAUAGUAUUAAUACUGCAUGCAGAAGUCUUGAUGAGUUCAUUCAAAGGCCAGGCAAUUCUACUCUAAACCAGAGGACUGCAGUGAGUAAGCUUAACAAAAUUACUACAUUUACACAUAGGCUCCGAGAUAUUGCUAAAUGGAAUGAUGAUCAAUUAGAACCACUUCAGGCCCAAUUACAGCAAAAUCUUCAGGCAUUCAAUCAGGUGAAUAUUCAGCUUACACAGGCCCAGAGAGAUCUUAAUCAACUUCAUCAGGAUUUUCUUCAGCUUAAUGUCGCUCAUACUCAGCUUAAUAAUACUCAUACUCAAUUU